CGCCUUGGGUGCCCCCAGGAUGAAGCUGAAGAAGCAGGUCACCGUCUGUGGCGCCGCCAUCUUCUGCGUGGCCGUCUUCUCCCUCUACUUGAUGCUGGACCGCGUCCAGCAUGACCCCGCCCGGCACCAGAACGGGGGCAAUUUCCCUCGGAGCCAGAUCUCCGUGCUCCAGAACCGGAUCGAGCAGCUGGAGCAGCUCCUGGAAGAGAACCACGAGAUCAUCGUCCACAUCAAGGACUCGGUGCUGGAGCUGACGGCCAACGCCGAGGGGCAGCCCGUCGUCCUGCCCUUCCACAUGCCCAACGGCUCCUGGAUGCUGCCCCCGGAGAGCCGCCCCCCCAGCUUCUACUCGGUCUCCUCCCAGGACUGCCAGUUUGCCCUGGGUGGCAAGGCCCCCAAGACGGACCUCCAGAUGCUGGCUGUGUCUGCGUUGCUCCCGUACGACAACCAGGACGGCGGGGUGUGGAAGCAAGGCUUCGAUAUCACGUAUGAGCCCAACGAAUGGGACACGGAGCCCCUGCAGGUCUUUGUGGUGCCGCAUUCCCACAACGACCCAGGCUGGAUCAAGACCUUUGACAAGUACUACUUUGACCAGACGCAGCACAUCCUGAACAGCAUGGUGGUGAAGCUGCAAGAGGACCCGCGGCGGCGCUUCAUCUGGUCCGAAAUCUCCUUCUUUUCCAAGUGGUGGGACAACAUCAGUGCCCAGAAACGGGCUGCCGUCCGCAGGCUGGUGGGCAACGGGCAGCUGGAGAUGGCAACUGGAGGCUGGGUGAUGCCCGACGAAGCCAACUCCCACUACUUUGCCAUGAUCGACCAGCUCAUCGAGGGGCACCAGUGGCUGGAGAAGAACAUUGGGGUGAUGCCGCGCUCCGGGUGGGCCGUGGAUCCUUUCGGGCACAGCUCCACAAUGCCAUACCUGCUGCGCCGUGCCAACCUGACCAGCAUGCUCAUCCAGCGUGUCCACUACGCCAUCAAGAAACACUUUGCAGCAACCCAGAACCUGGAGUUCAUGUGGAGGCAAAGCUGGGACACGGACUCCAGCACAGACGUCCUCUGCCACAUGAUGCCCUUCUACAGUUACGACGUGCCCCACACGUGCGGCCCGGACCCCAAGAUCUGCUGCCAGUUCGACUUCAAGCGCCUGCCGGGGGGCCGCAUCAACUGCCCCUGGAAAGUGCCGCCCAAGGCCAUCACUAGCGCCAACGUGGCUGAGAGGGCGCUGCUGCUGCUGGACCAGUACCGGAAGAAGUCCAAGCUGUACCGCAGCAAAGUGCUGCUGGUGCCCCUCGGGGACGACUUCCGCUACGACAAGCCCCAGGAGUGGGAUGCCCAGUUCCUGAACUACCAGCGCCUCUUUGACUACCUCAACGCCCACCCCGACCUCCACGUGCAGGCCCAGUUUGGGACUCUCUCGGAUUACUUCGAUGCCCUUUACAAGCGGGUGGGCAUCGUCCCCGGCAUGCGCCCCCCCGGCUUCCCCGUGCUCAGUGGCGAUUUCUUCUCUUACGCGGACCGAGAGGAUCACUACUGGACCGGGUACUACACGUCCCGGCCCUUUUACAAGAGCAUGGGUCGCGUGCUGGAGGCCCAUCUCAGGAGUGCAGAGAUCUUGUACAGCCUGGCGGUGAGCCACGCCCGCCACGCCGGCAUGGACAGCAAGUACCCGCUGUCUGACUAUGCCAUGCUGACCGAUGCCCGACGCAACCUGGGCCUCUUCCAGCAUCACGAUGCCAUCACCGGCACCGCAAAGGAGGCGGUGGUCGUGGACUAUGGCGUCAGGCUCCUCCACUCCCUCGUGAACCUCAAGCGGGUCAUCGUCGAUGCUGCGCACUACCUGGUCCUGGGGGACAAGGAGGCCUACCACUAUGACCUGGCAACACCUUUCCUCGGCCCGGACGAGACACGCCUCAAUCAGGACUCUCUGCCGGAGAAAACCAUCCUCAAGCUGGAUGCGGCGCCCAGGUUUGUGAUUGUGUUUAACCCCCUGGAGCAGGAGCGCCUGAGCAUCGUGUCCCUCCUGGUGAACACGCCUCGCGUCCGUGUCGCCAACGAUGAGGGGCAGCCUCUGGCCGUGCAGCUCAGCGCCUGGUGGGCUUCGGCCACGGACAUGGCCCCCGAGGUCUACCAGGUGUCCGUCAUGAUCCGACUGCAGCCGCUGGGUCUGACCGUCCUGCAAGUGAGCAAGUCUUUCGACAGCCACAACACCCUCAGGUCUUCUGUGCGCCUCUUCCUGCACGGCCGUGACCUCCCGGUGCGCAAGCACGAGGCCUUCCCGGUGCGCAUCGUCCCCGCUGCCACGGAUGACUUCUGUCUGGAGAACCAGCAGAUGCGGGCCUGCUUCUUGGGGCCCAGCGGCCUGCUCAAAAGUGUGCAUCACGCUGGGGAGGAGCGGGAGCAGAGGCUGCAGAGCCAGUUCCUCAUCUACGGGACCCGGAGCACCAAGGACAAGAGCGGGGCCUACCUCUUCCUGCCCGACGGAGAAGCCAAGCCCUACACCCCCAAGGACCCUCCCGUGGUCCGGGUGACGGAGGGGCCCUUCUUCUCAGAGGUGGCCAUCUACUACCAGCACAUCCAGGAGGUGGUGCGGCUCUACAACGUGCCAGGGGUAGAUGGACUGUCCCUGGAGGUCUCCUGCCUGGUGGACAUCCGUGACCACGUCAACAAGGAGCUGGCCUUGCGUUUCAGCACCGACAUUGAGAACAAGGGUGCUUUCUUCACGGACCUGAACGGAUUCCAGAUCCAGCCCCGGCAGUACCUGAAGAAGCUACCGUUGCAGGCCAACUUCUAUCCCAUGCCAGUCAUGGCUUAUAUCCAGGACAGGCAGAGCCGCCUGACCCUGCACACAGCUCAGGCGUUGGGCGUCUCCAGCCUCAGCAGCGGCCAGCUGGAGGUGAUCCUGGACCGACGCCUCAUGCAAGACGAUAACCGAGGCCUCGGCCAGGGCCUGAAGGAUAACAAGCGGACCUGCCACCGCUUCCGCCUCCUCCUGGAACAGCGCAGCAGUGCUGAAACGGCCCAGGACGGCCGGCCCAUCAGCUUCCCGUCUCUGCUCAGCCACAUGACUUCCAUGCACCUGAACGCCGAGGUGCUGGUGAUGCCCGUCGCCCAGGAGAAGCCGCCGCCUACGGCCCUGCGCUCCUUCCAGCCCUUCUCGGCCACCCUGCCCUGCGACUUCCACCUGCUCAACCUGCGCACGCUGCAGGGGGAGGACGAUUCGCUGCCCUCCACGGAGACGGCUCUGAUCCUGCACCGCAAGGGCUUUGACUGUGGCCUGGAGGCCAGGAACCUGGGCUUCAACUGCACCACCACCCAGGGCACGCUGUCUCUUGGCGGCCUCUUCCAGGGCCUGGAGCUGGCAUCCGUGCAGCCCUCCUCUUUGACCCUGAUGUACCCGCUGGCCCCGGCGUCCUCUAACAGCACCGCCGUUCACCUGGGCCCCAUGGAGAUAGCCACGUUUCGCCUCCGCCUCGGAUGACAUCACUCUCCCUCGGGGGCCGGCUGGGACACCCUGGUCUGCCGUGCACUGCAGGAACAGGACCGGCCAGUGAAGCUCAGGCUGGGGUGUGGCUUGGCCCUGCGGCCGGGAGGAGGCGUCCUGCUAUUUAUUGCUCUCCUUUCGUAGACGCUGCUGCGUUUCAAAGGCCGGGCGGGGGGCUAGUCCGGGUGCUCUGUGGGGCUGCAGAACUGGGGGGUCCUCCCAGCCCGAGGGCCCUGGGUGUGUGUGUGUGUGUGUGUGUCUUGGGCUUGCCCUGGCCCAGGAGGAGGCCUCUGCCACUGCCCUCCCAGGGAAGGACUCCUGCCUCCUCCAGCUGUCUGUUGUGGACCACAAGCCCAGCCUGACUGGCUCCGUGAGCAAGGAGGCGACGAUGCCUGGCCCUCACUGGACAGAAAUGAA